UUUUUUUAUCUUUAUAGACUACAAUCGUGACGGAGAGAAGAACAUUACAGACGACGGAGAUACACCGGUCGUGGGAUUGUUGUCUUUGAUUGACAACGACUAGUCACUAGUCAUUUACUGGGCUAAAAAGCCUAAAUCUUAUAGAAAUCACCAAAAAGCUAUAAAAUGGCUACAAUAGAUGGACGACCCGCCCAGUAUGGGGUGACGUUAAAGAAUCUAAGAGAGCUCAUGGAGCAUAGGGGGCGUGAAGGUAUUACCAAGCUCAACGAACUUGGUGGAGUACAAGACUUAUGUAAAAAGCUGUAUACGUCACCAAGUGAAGGAUUAAGUGGUUCUAGUGCAGAUCUAGAGCAUAGGAAAGAAACAUUUGGCUCAAAUACUAUACCACCCAAACCGCCUAAAACGUUCAUGCAACUUAUUUGGGAAGCCUUACAAGACGUAACUCUUAUUAUUUUGGAGAUAGCUGCAUUGGUUUCUCUGAUCCUAUCGUUAUAUAAACCAAACGACGGAGGAA